AUGGAUUCCCACAACCAAACGCAGGAGACAGAAUUUAUCUUUCUGGCAUUCUCCAUAUUCCAGAGACACCACAUCCAUUUUUUCUUGGUGUUCCUUGCUGCCUAUUUGGUCACCCUGCUGGGCAACUUCAUGAUCAUAAUUCUUGUUCUCCUGGAUGCCCGUCUCCACACCCCCAUGUACUUCUUCCUCAGCCAGCUCUCCUGCUUGGAUAUUUGCCUUUCUUCUGUGGUGGUACCAAAGAUCCUGGUGAACCUCUUACACCAGCGCUACACCAUUUCUUAUGACCAAUGCCUGGCACAAGCCUUCUUCCUGAUUGGCUUUGCAGGAUGUGAGCCAGCACUGUUGGCCCUCAUGGCCUAUGACCGCUACGCCGCCAUCUGCCAGCCUUUGCACUAUGCCCACCUGAUGAGGAACAAGUUGUGUGUCCUGUUGUCUGUGGUCAUCUGGCUCUGGGGCUUCCUGGACUCAGCCAUCCACGUUGCUCUGGCCUCCAGGUUGGACUUUUGUGGAAACAACAACAUUCCUCACAUCUUUUGUGAUGUCCCUCCAUUCCUAAAAAUUUCCUGCAGUGAUACUUGGGUCAACGAAUUGACCAAUCACAUCACCAGCCUCUUUGUGGGCCUUGUCCCUGUCCUCUUCAUCAUCCUGUCCUAUUUCUAUAUUUUGGGCUGCAUUUUGCGGAUUCGUUCCAACACUGGUAGACGCAAAGCCUUCUCUACUUGCGCCUCACACAUCGCUGUUGUGAUUGUGUGCCUUGGAAAUGCCUUUGUGAACUACAACCAGCCCAGUGCUGGCUACUCUCUACAAGUGGACACCUUGAUCUCCACCAUGUUUUGUAUCAUCAACCCCCUGCUGAACCCUUUGAUCUACAGCCUUCGCAACAAGGAGGUGAAGGGGGCCAUGAAGAAAAUCCUUGGCUGCCAAAAGGUCAUCUAG